AUGCCCCACCUCAUGGUGUGCAACCGACCGCUCAGCUGGACUUUGACUCUGGUGCUGGGGUAUCUCUUUUAUCUCCUCCUGGGGGCCAUGGUGUUUCAGCUGCUGGAAAAACAGGCAGAAGCCAAAUCUCGGGACCAGUUCCAAGUGGAGAAACUCAAAUUUCUGCAAAACUACACCUGCUUGGAUCGACAAGCUCUGGAGCAGUUUGUACAGGUCAUUAUGGAAGUAUGGGAGAAAGGUGUCAACCCAGAAGGAAAUUCAACCAACCCCAGCAACUGGGACUUCAGCAACAGUUUUUUCUUUGCUGGGACUGUUGUCACCACCAUUGGAUAUGGGAACUUAGCCCCCAGCACCGUGGCUGGGCGGGUGUUUUGUGUAUUCUAUGCCUUAUUUGGGGUACCCCUUAACCUGGCAUUUCUCAAUCAGCUGGGGAAAGGACUUAGUGCUCACUUGAUCAACCUGGAGAGAUGGGUCCACAAACCAGGCCGAGCCCAGGUAGCACAGACUCUGGCAAUGGGACUCUUUUUAACAACUGGGUCUUUGCUUUUUCUGGUUUUCCCACCAAUGAUUUUCAGUUAUGUUGAAGGCUGGAGUUAUGGAGAAGGUUUCUACUUCACCUUCAUCACCCUCAGCACCAUUGGAUUUGGAGACUAUGUAGUAGGUACAGAUCCCAACAAGCACUAUAUCUCAAUUUACAGAAGCUUAGCAGCAAUUUGGAUUGUUUUUGGCUUAGCUUGGCUUGCUCUGAUCUUUAACCUGGGAGCUGACUUGAUGGAGAAAUUCUUGCAACUUAAUUGGCAAAAGCCUGAUCCAGGCAUUGAAGAGACACCCGUUGCCAAAUUAGAGGAAAACCCUGAUCAACCCAGGAUCCACAUACCGAGCUGAGAGUGGCUAAUGGACUGGAAACUUUAAAAAGAAAAAGAAAAAAGAAAAAGGAAGAACUUCCAUGCCCCAUUCCCUUAUGCCUACAGAGCAACAUUUGUGGGUUGGUUUUCUAUCAAAUCCACACAGGAAAGGGGAUUUUUCAAAAGAGCGGGAAUCUCUUGACUUUGUAAAGACAACAGGCAAAUGAAGCCUUUGAAGCAAAAUGAACUGAAAGUGAAAUCACCAUGUUUUCCACCCAAGUAACCCCUUCAGAAUAUAUCAUCACAGUCGACUUUCAACCAUUAGAUUAGAUCAUCAGGGAUGGUUCAAUUCCACUCUGCAGCUAUUCAAAACAGCUAGCUUCAGAAGGAGUGAAAUGGCUGCACAAUCAACACUGCUGCAGAUCCUUUAUAGGGAUUUUGUUUUUCACCAUAGCCAACAAAAUAUGAAAACAAGAAAUAGUUAGCACUGUCUGCUCUCCUCGUUUCAUUAGGCAGACUCUCGUCUCACUCUCAUUCAACUGCAUUGAA